UACAUGCAAACCUCUGUCAUUUGGAGUGAAACUGUUGUGAAAACCUGUGCGGUAGAUGCAUUUGUCAGUUUUUAUGGUGUUCUUUUUUGUUGUUGGACAUGAAGGUCUCCAUGUCCACGGCCCCUCGGGUCCAGUUGUGGCCCAGCUGGGAGGUUCAGUCCUCCUGCCAUGCUUUACUGAAAUCCCACUGCCUCUGGAAGGUCUGCAGGUGGAAUGGAGAAAGAAAGAUUCAGAUUCUCUAGUCAGCCUCUUCCAACAAGGAAAAAGUCGACCAGAUCUCCAGAGUCAGGUGUUUAAAGGCAGAGUUGACUUUUUUCCCAAUAAGGUCUUAAAGGGGAACUUCUCCAUCUUACUCAAAAAUGUGGUUGAAGAAGAUGCUGGAGGCUACAGAUGUAAAGUAAAUACAUCCGAAGACUCCAGUGAGGUCAUAAUGGAAGUUAAAAAUAUCAGGGGUCUUGUGGUGACAGGAUCAGACCAAGCUGUCUUUGCCUCUGAGGGUAAGGAUGUCAUACUGAACUGUUCUGUAGAUUCACAUGUACCAGCCAGUGAGAUUGAAGAAGUGACCUGGAAAAGGACAGACAGAGACCCAGAGAUCCUCGUCCUACUUUAUCAAGACAGUGAGAUCUUCCCAGACUCUUCACAUGAGAGUUACCAGGACAGAGUUGAUUUAUUUCCUUCUGAAAUCCCAAAAGGAAACUUCUCUUUAAACCUGAAGCAUGUAAAGAUGGAAGAUAAAGGAGAAUUUACGUGUGAGGUCCACACCAGGAACAUGUCAGGACGUACCACUGUGCUUCUGCAAGGUGUAGGUUUUGCUGCCCUCCAUAUAGCAAUAUUAGUGUUGUGCUCUGUUGCACUGUUACUUGCAGUUGGCUUUUGUGGACCUGUUUUUAACCUGCUGAGAAAGAAAGUUGCUAGCAAAGAGGGCAUGAAAUGGCAAAUUUUUCUGAUCCUCUGUCCAAACAUCUGCAUGUUUUUGAGUUUCUGCUUGUGGUCAUUAGAAGGUUUUCUAUCUGAGGUCAUCGUUUGUUUAACUGUUAGUAUCAUGAGGCCUGUUAUCUUGAUGAAAACAUCAUCUUAUCUCGGCAUGCUACCAGAGCGCUUACAAAAAGCAGUGAAGGCUUUAGCUGUUCCACUUUACCAUAUAAGUAUAACAAUAGCUGCAUGUUCAUUUUUCUUUGGAAACCUUACCCGGGUUCAGGCAGCUUCCAAACACAUUGUAACAGUAAUAGUAAUCGUAGAAGUGGUCAUUGCCAUCUGUGCAUUUGUCUUAGCUAUACUCAGUUUCGAAACACAUCUGACCAUGUGCCUGGAAAUAUUCAACCUUGCUCUGGUUGGAACUCUUCUCAGCAGCAGUGCCGUAAAUUUUGACUACAGCUUUGAAGUACCUUCUGUAAUAUCGCCUCAGAUCAUGGGGAUAAUGAUGGUCCUCAUUCUACAAGGGCACCUUUUUCAAUGGAUACCUUUUGAACGUUUGCACAUUGCUUUGUCAUCAGUUUUUGUGACUGUAUUAAGCCUCGGUGUAAUUAGCAUUUAUAUUCUUCUCUCUAUUACGCUAAAGAAUUUUGCCAAAGGAUGGAUUCUUCUGUCUGAAGGUGUAAUGUAUAUAGUUGUAUGGUCAGGAGUAAUUUAUCUAUUGCGUCGUCAACAAGGACAAAGACAAGGAUGCUGCUCUCAAUGGAGAAAGACAGGAUAUUUAUGCUGCGCUGUCAUCAUCACAAUUUUAAUGAUUUCAAUUGCCGCCUUCUCCUUUCAUUAUCUAUACGCUAUCAUGGAAGAUGAAGAUCGUUCUGGAUAUUUGGCUCUGAUUCCGUUGGUCCACGUUCUGACAGCUAUUUGCUUGUUCAGACAUCCCAAAUAUUUACCUGAUUUCCUCCAUGUUAUGAUCUACAUGUUUGGAGCUGUAGGUCUCAGUUCUAUAAAUGCCAUCGUUCUCGCCACAGAACUGAUCCUGAAAGCAGGGAAAGGAUUGCGGACUUUAGGAGAUCUCCGUGUGGUUGUUCUGCCACUUGAAACGCUGUAUUUUUCUGCUUGGCUCGCUUUGCAAAUCUACGAUUUCUGGAAGAGACUCAAAAACAGAGCAAAACAGGGUUUUGAAAUGGAGACAAGAACAGGAGCUGAGAUUGUUCCAGAAAUGGAGGCUCUUUCAGUCCCUAAACCCUAACCUUUAACCCUGAUGGAUUUGAUGUCAUCGGUAAAAUAAAAAGAAGUAUUCAGAAGUAUUUUUGUUCAUGCAGAUGCUCAAACUGGACAACUAAGA